CUGUGGUCACAGUUACUCUUUGCCACGCUGCUGUCUGUCUCCUCGAUUCGGCUUCUUUCCGUUUUUAGUUUGUAUUUAUUCGUAAUACUUAUCAUUAAUUACUUUUAAUAGCUAAAUGUUAAGGAUAUUUUGGUAAUGGAUAAAUAAAAUAUUAAAAAUGAAGUCCGUUGUGGCUUACGUGCGCAGUCUCCUUGGUUGGUGCGACACUGAACAAUCGUUGAGAACAAACUUGAAACGAGACAGGACGGAUGGGGAUUCCUCGUCUGAUGAUGAUUUGCCGUCAUUAAAAAGGUUCAGACAACUGAGGAAGACAAAUUUUCCAGAUGUCACGCCAAAUUACGAUGUUUCAGACAUAAUGAGUGUUAAACCAACUAAGAAUGUUAGAUAUGUACCAAUUCAGUUAGAAACUGGUCACCCUAGUACUUCAACACCUAAUGUAUUGCCUGUUAAACCACCAAACCGGUACAGAUUAGUAUCAGAUAUAUCUGGAGAUGCCAAUAAAAAUGGUUCAACAUAUUUAUUGAAACCUAAAGUUGCCAGCCCUGUGCGACAGGUGGUGCAAGCUGUGAUAGAUGAUGAUGAUGAUGAUGAAAAUCCAAAGGUAUCUCUGGUUGAAAAUAAACCAGAAAACAAAAAAACAGUAUACAUUAAUUUAGAGGAAGACGAAAUAGAUAAAGAAGAUGAUGUUAUUCUGGUCAGAGAAGUAUCUCCACAACCAGCAAAGCAAUACAAAUAUGUCCUGGCUAAUAGUGAGGAACCCGAGUCCAGAAGUAAUAAACAGUACUACAGGCUUACGAAACUUAAAGAAAAAGAGGAAAAAACAUCACCGAAAAGCCAUAACUUGAAAACAUAUGGGGGCAUCAACAAAUCUUACAAGAAAGUUACUCCUCUACCCAAUUGGAUGCAAAAACAAAAUCUCAAUCUCUCCCCGAAAAGAAGUAGAUUCACAAACUUGAAUGGAAACGGUAGAACAAUGCUGUCUGAAGUGUUUAACUUGCAUGAGAAACGUAAUUAUCAAGAAUUAAUAAAGCGCGUUGCGAGCGGCACUGCACCUUUCACUUUUAACAAACCGGUGGACAUAAUAAAUUUAGCAGAAGAAACUGCAUCAUUCCGCAACACUUUGAAAUCACAGAAACGGUCAUUGAAUGAAUUAAUUUCAUUGGAAAAAGAUCUAAAUGUAAACAAGGAGAGUCAGGAUUCACAAGAAUAUGACCCUAUUACGGUGGCUUCACUUAAUCUGACAGAUUCUGACGUUGAAGUUGUACCCUCCGAGUGUUCAACAUCCUCUUCAACGAGAAUAGCUCCUGUUAAUUCAUUGCGUGACUCUUUACACGGCAAAGACAUCGCAGCCAAAGACUGGCUACCUAAGUUAAAUGAUAAAUAUAAAAAGAGAAAAGAAUACACGAAUCAAAAAUUGGAAAAUGCCCGUCGGGAGUCCGAUAUCAUAUCCAAAGUAAACCAUGAACAAAGUAUAGCACUAAUAGCUAAUAAGUUUAAAUAUGAAUUGAGUUUACCGGACAGUUUGAUAGAGGAAGUUCCCGCAACUCCAGAGUUCCCUAAAUUGAGUCCGGAAGAGGAGCAACUGGUCAAAAAGGCUCUAGGUCCGGGGCCAUUGGACCAGGUGCUCGUGCAGAAAUUCCGUAUGAGUAUCCGUAGGCGAGAUCUACAAACAUUAUCUGGACUGAACUGGCUGAACGAUGAGGUGAUCAACUUCUACAUGGAGCUGAUAACCGAGCGCAGCGAGCAGCGCCCCGACCUGCCCAAGAUACACCACUUCAACACCUUCUUCUACCCCAAGCUGAUGCGCCAGGGACAAGCCGCCUUGCAGAGAUGGACUAAGAAGGUGGACAUAUUCUCGAAAGACAUAAUCCUGGUGCCGGUGCACCUGGGCGUGCACUGGUGCCUGAGCGUGGUGGACCUGCGCGCGCGCCGCGUGGCCUACCUCGACAGCAUGGGCGGCUCCAACCAGCCCUGCCUGGACGCGCUGCUGCAGUACCUGCGCGACGAGCACCAGCACAAGAAGGGGCAGCCCUUCGACGAUAAAGGCUGGAAGACUGAGAACCUAAAGAACAUCCCGCAGCAGAUGAACGGCAGCGACUGCGGCAUGUUCGCGUGCACGUUCGCGGAGUUCGCGAGCCGCGACGCGCGCUUCAGCUUCGCGCAGGCGCACAUGCCCUACCUGCGCCGCAAGGCCGCGCUCGAGAUCCUGCGCGCGCGUCUGCUGCUCUGACUCUGUGCCGUGCUGUGCUGUGCCGUGCCGUGCCGUGUCGCGUCGCGUGUGCAAGUGAUUGUGAACAGGGAAUAUUUCAACUCAAAUCAACAUUGCUGAAUAAUAAAAUCUCAAACAUUUAUAAUUACAAUCCCCGUAGAAAUGCUUCUUUAAUAUACACAAAUUACAUUAAACAAAGCUUUAUGGUUCAUAGUCAAUCAAAUUUAACACUGGUAUGCUGAUAAGAAUUACGAAAAUAAUAUAAAUUUUAUUCAAAUAAACAAGAAUAAAAUUAAACAAUCAAAAUUGGUUCUAUCAAAUAUUCUGCAGGAGAAAUAUCAAUUAAGUUUCUGUUGGACAACAGGUAAUUAAAAAUAACUUCCACCAAUUUCUGUUAUUAAUAAUAGUGUUAUUAACUGUGUUAAUUUAUUAUA